GUCCCUGAAUUUGCAAGUGGCUCGUUCUGCUUGUUGGUUACAUUGUAUCGCUCCCCUCAGCAUUGAACGAUCCAAACAGCCAUCAAGAUAUUAGAGAUUUCAACGAAAUCAAAUCCAGGAAUUAAACUGGUGAGGAAACUGCCAGAAUAUUGGAUUUUUACAAUUUGGACCAAAGAAAGGAUAUGCUUUAUUUUCAACCAGGGCUUUAAACAGAUUUUCAACGGGAUCUCAACGUGUGAUGGCAGCAGUCCAGUGAAUUAGCCGUUCCCUUCCCCUGGCGUUGGAUUUCUUGGGAGCACGUUGAUUGAUUUGUCUGUGUAUAUUUGCACAUUGGGGGGGAGGUGGGGUGGGUCAUCAAAGUGGUUUUUACCUUUACUAUCAGGAUCUAUGGAGUGUACAUAAACAUUCGCUGGAUUGGGUUUGUCAAAAGGAGCAAACAAUGUGGGUUACUGGGAAGGGGAUACGGAGAAGACCCUAAAGCUGCUGAAACCCUUCUCCCACUGCCUCAAGUGGUCUGAGAAGGUCAGACUUAACGGUGGCGCGCCCGGGCCGCUGGCACUAAGAUGUCCCUAAGCAGUGGCACUGCAGGCGGGAAAGGUGUGGACUCUAAUGCGGUGGACACUUAUGACAGCGGCGACGAAUGGGAUAUAGGUGUUGGCAAUCUGAUCAUUGACCUCGACGCAGACCUAGAAAAGGACAAACUUGAGAUGUCUGGCACUAAAGACGGCGGGGGCAUGGCUGCCCCUCCCAGCGCUGUAGCAGCUCUACCCGACAACAUUACAUUUGUUAGCCCCGUACCCGCUGCUCAAGGCAAAGAGAGUAAACCCAAAUCAAAGCGUAGUAAGAGCUCAAAGGACAGUGGCAAGGCCUCGGUUACAGACGGGGCCAAGAAAGACGCCCAGGUGCGAACCCAGGGUGAGGUCACAGGACCCGCCGUUGGCACAGGUCCCACGGCAAACUCAAACUCUGGAAAGGGUGCUGAGAAGAGCAGCAAAGCCUCCCGUAAUGUUUCUGGUGGAAAGAAGGACAAGGAGGGGGGUUCUGGGAAAAGUAAGAAGGAGAGAAGUGAAUCUGUGGCUACUAUUGAGAAGGAUGUAGGUGUCCUAGUGUUGCCUUUGGCAUGUCGUGGCGUUCCAUUUGAGGGUACGCAAAGUACAGACUUGGCUGUGGCUGAGCAACUUGGGAAUAUCGCCCUGGAUUCCACACGGAUUGUUGUACCACCGUUAGCCAUUAAAAGUGAGCCAGAGGAGAUGGACAACGGCGAAUGCAGAAACCUGAAGAAAAUGAAAAGUGAGAAGAUGGAGUCUCCUGUCUCCGUGCCCGCCACUCCACCCCUCAUGGCGCCGGUGGGCAACAGCAAUGACAGCAUCGCCUCACCCUGUGAGCAGAUCAUGGUGCGCACGCGCUCAGUGGCGUCCAACACGACGGACAUGGCCUUGGCCACGGAGCCCGAGUGCCUGGGGCCCUGCGAACCCGGGACCAGCGUCAACCUGGAGGGCAUCGUCUGGCAGGAGACCGAGGACGGCAUGCUGGUAGUUAACGUGACCUGGAGAAACAAGACCUAUGUCGGCACCCUCCUGGACUGCACCAGACACAACUGGGCCCCGCCAAGGUUCUGUGAGUCCCCCACCAGUGACUUGGAGAUGAGGAACGGCCGGGGCCGGGGGAAGAGGAUGAGGCCUAACGGAAACACACCCGUCAACGAGAACAGCAACUCGUCGGACAACAAGGGCAGCGGCACCAGCAAGACGCGCGCCGCCAACGGCAGCAGCAAGAGCCGGCGGGGCACGCCGCCCAACAGCAACACAGAGGACGUCAAAGCCAGCCCUUCGUCGGCUAACAAGCGCAAGAACAAGCCCGCCUCAGACAUGGAGCCCAACUCCAGCUCGGAGGACACCAAGGGCAGCAAACGCAUGCGCACCAACUCCAACAGCGGCCCUGGAGGAGUGCCCCAGCCGCCUCACACCGUUCUCCCUGGCAAACCCAGCAUAAAGAUGGAGCCACUGCCCCCACAGCAACUCGACCGCAACUGCCCUUCGCCGGUGCUCAUUGACUGCCCGCACCCCAACUGCAACAAGAAGUACAAGCACAUUAAUGGCCUCAAGUACCACCAGGCCCGUGCCCACAAUGAUGAUGACAUCAAGCUGGACAUGGACGGCGACAGUGAGUACGGGGAGGACUCUACGCUCCACCCCGAUCCGAGCAGCUGCAAUGGGGCCUCCAUCUCUCAAAAGGGCUGCUUGUCACCGGCUCGCUCAGUCACACCCAAGGGUAGGGGCUUUGAGGCCCAGACUCCGUCGCCCUCCUCGGGUAAGUUUGGCUCCAAGCAGGGUAAAAAGAAGCCCUGCGAGGUCGAUCUAGAGGCAGGGGGCAUGCCCAUGGAUGGCUGUGAGGACGGGCCCUGCCUAACGGACGAGACCAGCAACGACGGCAUGGACGACAAGAAGGACAAAGCCAAGAAGACGGGUAGCGGCUCCAAGGCAGACAAGCUGGCCCAGAAGGGCAUGAAGUUAACGCGGCCCAUCGCCCCGACCAUACCACCUCAGCAGCUCUACUCCCUACAGACGGCAAGUGGCUUCCCUGCAGCCAGCCCUGGCUCCACCCCUGCCAUUAGUUCAGCAGUUCAGUCUAUCCCCAAGAGCCCACAGCUGAAAGCGAUCCAGCCCAAGCCCUCGGCCCUGGGAGACCCCUCGUCUGUGAACCCAGCGCUGAGCGGCUCCAAGGACAAGAAGAAGAAAGACAAGAAGAAGAAGGAGGCAGGAAAGGAGGGAGAUAGCCCCAAAGGGAAAGGGGGAAAGCCAGAGGAAGGCAAGAGCCCAUACUCUGAAUCUUCUGACCCGGGGAGCAAAGGCGACGGGCUGCUGAACGGCUCAUCAGACCCCCACCAGAGCCGGCUGGCCAGCAUCAAGGCCGAGGCGGACAAGAUCUACAGCUUCACCGACAACGCUCCCAGUCCCUCCAUUGGUGUGGCCAGCAGGAUAGAGGCUGGAGGCAUGGCCCAGCCCCUCACCCCACUCCAUGUGGUCACACAGAACGGAGCCGACAACUCCUCGGUGAAGACCAACAGCCCGGCCUACUCUGACAUCUCAGACGCGGGCGAGGAUGGCGAGGGCCGGGUGGAGGGCGUCAAGGGAGUCAAGUCCGAGGAGCAGGCCACCCGAGAGGGGGCCAAGAAGUCCCUGUUCCCCACCCAAACAGCCAGCAAGGAGUCCCCCUACUAUCCCGGCUACGAAAAUUAUUACUCCCCAAACUACGCCAACCCUAACCCUAGCCCGGGGGUGUCGGCCACGGGGGGCACACAACAGGAGGGGGCCCAGGUCAAGGUGAAAAAAGAGGAGCAGGAGGAGCGUAAGGUCAAGCAGGAGCAGCAGGAGGAGCGUAAGGUCAAGCAGGAGCAGCAGGAGGAGCGUAAGCCUGAGAUAGGUACCUCUGUAACGGGGCAGCAGCAACAGGCCUCGGUCAUCCAGCAGCGCUCCAACAUGUAUAUGCAGCCUCUCUAUUACAACCAGUAUGCCUACGUUCCCCCGUACGCCUACCACCCGGACCAGGCCUACCACAACCACCUGCUGAACACCAACCCAGCCUACCGGCAGCAGUACGAUGAGCGGCAGAGGCAGGUGGUAGCCGAGCAGCACCGCGCCGCAGAGAAGAAAUCAGACGCUGCUGGAAAAGAGCGAGAGGGCUCCUCAGGGAAGGAGCGGGGUGAGGAAUGGAAGCAGAAGGCUUUGGUGCCCCCCACCCUCUCCAAGGCUCCCAGUGUCACAGACCUGGGCAAAGGCGGGCCGCCCCAGGGCAAGCCACCCAAAGAGCCCUCGUCCUCCUCGGAGCAGACCAAGUCAUCGGUCAUCAUGCCCAAGGGGGAGGACGCCAAGGCGCCGGCCCAGCAGGCUGAAGGGCUGAAGAUGAAGCUGAGUGAAGGAGGGCACCACGGGAAGGGGGAUGAACCCAAGGCGGGCAUGGAGUCCGGCAGGCCCUCGGCCAUGGAACAGGCCAUGUGGUACAGACAGGAGCCUGACUCGCGGCUGUGGCCUUACCUCUACCCCAGCAAAUACCCUGAGGCCCAGAAACCACAGGACGUGGAGCGCCACAGGGAAAGAGACAGAGACCGAGGAGAGCGGGACAGAGACCGAAAGGGCAAGGAGGGCAGGGACGAGAGGGCUCGGCCCAAAGACCCCACCCCGAAGGAGGAGAGCAAAGAGGGGGUUGAGCCCCGGUUGUCUUUGGCCUUGGAGGAACACCGGGGGGUGGGAAAGGACCCAAGGGCCACCGCUGGCCACAUGCAGUUCUCCUCUCCCAUGGCCCAGCACCAAGGCUACAUGCCUUACAUGCAUGGAGCCUACGCCUACGGCCAGGGCUAUGACCCCAGCCACCCGGGCUACCGUGGGAUGCCAUCAGUCAUGAUGCAGAACUACCCUGGGUCCUACUACUCAUUCUCCCCCUAUGGCAGUAAGAUGGGGCCGGGCGAGGAAGGCGGCGAGAAGGUGGCGCGCGCCAGCCCCACGGUCAGUGGCAAGUCGUCCUCCGAGGCCAAGGCCCUGGACAUCCUUCAGCAGCACGCCAGCCAGUACAAGAGCAAGUCGCCCACGGUCGGCGACAAGACCUCCUCGCAUGAAAGGGAACGGGAGCGCGCUGUGGCCGAGCGCGAGCGAGACUUGGACCGGCCGCGUUCCUCUCCCUCGCAGCGCAUCAUGCCUUCCCAUCACCACCUGGGCUACCCGCUGCUCUCGGGGCAGUACGACCUGUCCUACGCCACAGGUCUCUCUUCAUCAGCCAUAGUUGCCAGUCAACAAGCCUCCUCCCCCUCCAUGUACCCCCCUGCACGGAGAUGAGAAUGGGAGACCUGAUUGGCUGACCUCGACCUUGCUUGGAGCCAUGUGACUGGAUCACACGAAGAAGCCUGCUGCAGAGCUCAUUUUAAGACAUCAGUUCAAUGGUGUUUGGUGUGUUUUUUUUAGUUUCUGCCUGGUUGUUCCGGGCUGUUCUGCUUCCACCUCCCUCCGCUAGUGGGAUGGCCACCCUACGGCAAGGCUUCCCGUGGCUGGGUUGAGGGCUCGCCGAGCCCCCUCCUCUGGUUGGCCGGCCAGUCACUCACGUGAUGGACUAGAAGGUCUGAGGCCUGACGCGUUCUGGUGGAGUGAGGCCUUAUCACACGGACGGCCAUAUUGGAAGUGGAGGGUGCAGAUGGGAGAGGGGGUCGAUCAGAAAUCACUACAUAGAGAUAUGGACCUAUAGGACUGAUGGCUGACCCUGAGACUUAGAGUAAUGGGUUGCAGCUUGACUUCUGGGUUGUUUCAUUCAUCCACCAAACUACCCACUGACCCGGAGGACAUUUUGAGACAUUCAUUGCAAUGGACCCAUUUAUUUCCCUUCUGUUUUUUUUUUUUUUGUGGGGGGGGGGUCGUUGUUUGGGCCAGAGGAGGGGUGACUGAAAGGGGAGCGACUGGUUUUCGUUGUCUCCAUCCCUCUCCACCACUCUGGGCUUUCUAUGCAAGCCGAAGCUGCUCUUCUCCUUAAUACUGACAAGAGAGACAGCCCUCCUCUUCCUCUGUUCAGUUUCAGGAGGAGGAACAUUCAAAAGUUCACGCUCUGUUGAAUCUGUAGUUGUUUGUGUGAAAAGUUAUCAACCGCCUACUUGAGUUCUUUCAGAGAGUCAAACUAUGCGUGUGUGUUGUUUUGUUGCUGUUUAUUUGUACGAGGCUUUUUAUUUUUGUGCGUUGUUCGUUCCACAGCGUUGGUCUCGUCACUAUUCAUGUUUUUGUAUUAUUUUAGCAGUUUAUUUGAUUUUUUUCUUUGUGUCUUGUUGGCUUGACGACCAUGUUUCCAUCUCACUCUCACCCAGUGGUGAAACAAACUCCUUUGGCUGUUUUGUCCCUGUGUUGAACGCUACUGGGCCUUUCUGUGGUGGCGGUGACAGCUGUCUCCUGGUUUCCUUUCCCAAAGGGUCAUCCAGUUUACAGAGUAGCUCCAAUGCAUCUGCUCCAGCUCCCAGCUGCUCAGCAAGGGCCCCGGCUUAAAGGGAGAGGACAUAUUUGUGCCUGGAGGUACUUUGGCUUAGAGAGAAGAGGAACGGAGAGGAGCAGAGAUGUACCAUCCUGGUGCUCUCCAAGCUGUGACCCGGCAGGUUGCACUAAUCAGAGGUGCUGCCUGGACUCUUCAGAUGCUGCCUCUAGUUCCAUCCAGCCGUCCAUCUUCACUGGGCACUGCAGAGGCUGGAGGGGGAGAGGGGUUCUCAGACAGGCAGGCAGCCCAGGUCGUGAAGUGCACAAGGCUUUUGUUUUGUGUGUUUGUGCACACUGUCUGAGACCUACAUGACUAUAUGAGAACGGUCUGCAAGCCACCGUCUGGCUGUCGCUGCUGCUAGUCUCUCACCGAACGGCAUCAUGGGUUAUCUGCAGUCCUCCCUCAUCAAUGGACAUGUAAGAACACAAAGGGGAAAGUCUCUAGAGCUGUCAGAGGAUGCUCAGUAGAUAUGACUGCACUCACUCUCCCUCUGUUCUGGCCUGUAGUGAUGGAGGGGCGGGCAGCUCUCUCCCUCUGUUCUGGCCUGUAGUGAUGGAGAAACGGGCAGCUCUCUCCCUCUGUUCUGGGCUGUAGUGAUGGAGAAACGGGCAGCUCUCUCCCUCUGUUCUGGCCUGUAGUGAUGGAGAAACGGGCAGCUCUCUCCCUCUGUUCUGGCCUGUAGUGAUGGAGAAACGGGCAGCUCUCUCCCUCUGUUCUGGCCUGUAGUGAUGGAGAAACGGGCAGCUCUCUCCCUCUGUUCUGGGCUGUAGUGAUGGAGAGACGGGCAGCUCUCUCCCUCUGUUCUGGCCUGUAGUGAUGGAGAAACGGGCAGCUCUCUCCCUCUGUUCUGGCCUGUAGUGAUGGAGAGACGGGCAGCUCUCUCCUGUAAUAUUUAUUCUAGGACGUCUAGUUGUGGAGUGCUGUGUUACUGGGAGUUGGCACAUGCCCCUGCUAAUUUUUUGGUGAAUUUGCGCAAUUGCAAAAUGGAGUCUCUCCUGCAGGCCCACCUCCUCUCACCUCCCUCUCCUUUCCAACUAUCUCUGUCUGUCUGUGUGUGGCUGCAUGGCGUAAACAUUAGCCCCACACAAUGUCCCUCCUAGUGGAUCAAGUCAGAUGCACAUUUGCUUUGGGACACUGUUCCCAUCUCCGAACCUCUCACUGUGGUUUCUGUUUAUAGUGUACAGAGGAAUUCGUUUUUCAACGGUUGUUGGACGCUAUCGGAAAAUGUCCUAUGCUUUCUGUCUUGUUAGCCCCCCCCCCCCUUUCCGUUGUUGAUAUAAUAUGAUAAACUGUGGAGUCCACCCCUUCAGUAGCCUCUGUUGUUGUUAACCCCUCCACCAGUAGCCUGUAUCCCCACUCUUGAAGCCCAUGAUGCCAUUUUAGUCCCCUCGUCACACACGUUCCCAAGCCGCCUCGACCACCCUCAAGGAAAACAAGUCACAUUUCAACCUUGUCACUUUAACCCUCACUCAUUUGUUGCUCUUGUUUUUUUGUUUGUUUUUGGUUCCAUGAGAUACUGCUCACGAAUACUUUGUGUUGUUAUUAGUACCUGCCGGGAUAGACGAAGGCUGAGGGCCGGGCUGAGGGCCGGGCUGAGGGCCGGGCUGAGGGCCGAGCAGCAGUCCACAGAGGAGUCAUAGAGAGGUAGAACUCAGCAGAUUCUCCCACCGCGUCCACUCUUCUCCUGCUAAUGAUCCCCAUUAAUCCUGCCGCAGCCGCACAGCGCCCACUCAACCGCUUGUCUGUAAAUCAGUAAAUCUGAUUCGCCGUGAUGCUUUCCUUGCCCUUCAUGGAUCUGGCGUGCUUUUGAGAGAGCAGCACAGGAAAUCUGAACUAAUAAAUUAGAUUUUUUUGUGUGCGUGUGUGUUUUAUACAGAAAUGUGAUUUAGCGAAGCCGAUGGGAAUGACACGUUUGUUGUGGCAGCGGCGGUGAAACAGACCUCAAAGCCACCAAAGUGGCGUUUCAUUCACCAAGAGAUCAGGCGAACGCUAUCAUGAACAAUUAAAUAGGCCGUACUCAGAGCACUGCCCCCUGUGAGAGUCCAUUCAUUCCAGUAAUACUCUAAUAGUUCUCCUAAUCAGACACGUUCCAGUUGAAUUCCCCUGCUAAACACUAAUAUAAGAGGCCUGUAGGAUCCAUAAUGAUCCAGUCACUAGAGAAAGGGGAUCUCCAUUCAAGUCAAUGUUCAAUGACGUCUGGAACGCCAUUCUAUUGCUUCUAUUUCUAUGGUGGGCUCAUCGAGGUUGACUUUGGUUCUGUCCUGUAGUGAUGUCAGUUCAUAUGUUACUGUUGUAUGAAUGUUGUUGACAGGUGACCUGGUUGAUAAGCCCUACUCUCACCACAAUACUGUUGAUGCUCAGCCUUGAUUGGAUGCUGGCACAGAUUAUCCCCCCCCCCUCCUGUCCUUUUCUCUGAAGUAGAGGGUUUAGGUUUUGUUUGGAAAUAUGUCUAAUAUGUUUUUUAAAAAUGCUUUUAACGCGUUCUGUAUGGUGUGAGAUGGGAGGUGAGGUCAGAACCAGAUUAUAUAUUAAUAGUAAUUUAACAGGUCUGUUAAACCAGAACCUCUGCUGGUGAAACAUUUUUUUUUUUCAUGAUACGCGGAAAAAUGUGCUUGAUACAUUUUUUUUUUUUUGAGGAUCGAGUUUGGGGAUUUUUUUUGUUUUUUUUAAUACAGACAGAGAAAUUAAAUAAUGAUCAUACUCCCACGGCAGCCGUUGUUGAGGUGUUGUCUCACUGUGCUUGGGUAGUCUGUCAUUCCUUGUGUUACUCACACCGCGGGGGGACAAUGUUCUUGUGGGAGUUUCUUUAUUCAUAACCCCGCCCCCUAAACCCACGUCCCCUAAACCCACGCCCCCUAAGCCCACGCCCCCUAAGCCCACGCCCCCUAAACCCAUGCCCCCUAAACCCACGCCCCCUAAACUCACGUCCCCUAAACCCACGCCCCCUAAACCCACGCCCCCUAAACCCACGCCCCCUAAACCCACGCCCCCUAAGCCCACGUCCCCUAAACCCACGUCCCCAGAGCAGUGGCUCAGUAUCAGUCAUCGGUACUUGAGAGAGAGAUGUUUACAGCUUUUUUAAUUGCUAUGUUUUGUUUUGGUUCAUCCCCCUCUUUGCCCCUCCCCCUUUCCCCCCCCAGGGUUUCUCUCUUAUGUAAAGUGUAUAUUACCACAUGUCUUUUUUUAUACAAUGCUGUAACUUGCCUUUGUACAUUUAGGCGAAAAAAUAAAUCUUUUUAUGAGACAAUCA